UACUGCGACCUGAUUAUCACACCUCCAUGCAUAAGCGUCGCUGUCAGACGCUUUGCAUCCCCAUUGCUUCCGUUCGUUAGAGGUCCCGCUGGGAAGACGAAACUUCAUGAUAUUGGGGCAAGCCGGGACAUGGGCCAUUCUUGCUGCGCUCAAGAAGUGUACAACUUGUACAACCGUAUCCUAUCCACGUGCGCCGACAAGAGUGUUGGUGCAGCUACAGCCUCUCAUAGAAAUUCCUACCGACAGCAGUCUCCCAGCGAACAUCUCUUCUAGUGUGUGGGCCGCGGCUUUGGGCCGGCUUGGGCUCACGCUCCAGGCCGAGCCUAAGCCGGGGCUUUGAGCCCAAGCCGGGCCGGAACAUUACUGCGGCGUGACAGAUCGUAUAUGGCGGGCACGGUUGACCGGUACUCACCAGUUGACUUGAUGGUCUCGCACUUGGUGUCAAGCCGGCAAUGAGAGCGAGCUUGUAUCGCAGAUGCUAAUCAUUGAUUCGCGGGUUCAUUUGGCCAUACAGAUUUUCAUAAUACUAUCUUGGCUAUGACUCUAGUUCGUUCGAACAAUAUAAACGCCACCAUCAUCUUCGUGAUCAUCAACCAGGGAAGCUCGUUCUGUUCCCACCCUCGUUCGCAGGUCGGUUCCAGGGUCGAUUGGGUAUUGUUGUCGAGGUAGGGAAUAGGAAGGAACAUGAUAUCCUCUGAUAUCUACGCCCUUUAAUCACGUCACGAUCAUCUUCACAUGCCUAUGCUACCCUGGCAUCACCUCAUUUGAAUCAGUGCUCAGCGCUCC